AUUUAACGCAUGUGUUGUUAUUUAACGUAAAGAAUAAAUUAAAUUUUAUUAUGAAUAAUUGUGAUUAUGAAGUAAUAAAUGCAAAUGAAGGAGAAGAUGCAGGGAAUAACAAGUUGUCAAGGAAACCCUUAUUUCGUCAGUUGCUAGUGUGCAGUGGAAUAUGGACAACUUACUUUUACGCCGGACUAUCUAUGGGUGCACCGACAGUGUUCAUACCACAAAUAAGACAAAACAUGGAAUCCUUUGGCUCCAUCAACACUGAGAUGGCAACGUGGCUAACUUCUAUUCUGGGCUUCGGAUCAGCGAUAUGGGUUCCUAUUUUAUCCAUAUCAUCAAAUUACUUGGGACGAAGGACACCAUACAGAGUAAUAUGUGUUUUAUGUUUUAUUGCCUCUAUCCUAUUAUAUUAUAGUAGAACUAUAAUGCACAUUUUAAUAAGUGAAUUAAUUGCAAGUACGUCAUUCAGUGCCCAGAUAACAUUACUUCUAUUGAUUUUCUCUGAGUAUACAUCACCACAGUAUAGAGGAGUGUUUUUAACAUUAAAAUCUGCUACUCUCCUUUGGGGAGUCUGGGUGUCCAAUACGAUUGGGACAUACUUUUAUUGGAAAGAUAUUGCUUUACUGCAAAUAAUUUGUUCCCUGUAUACUAUUAUAGUUGCAUUUAUUAUCCCAGAGUCUCCAUUCUGGUUAGCAUGUAAAGGUAAAUUUGAAGAGUGUGAAAUAUCGCAUCGUUGGCUUAAAGGAACUGAUGAAAAGUCUGAAAAGGAAUUGAUUGAUUUAAUUGAUUUCCACAAAGGAAACAAUGAUCGAGCUACUAACACAAGUAUAUCCAAAAUGGACAGCAUUAAAAAUUUUUUCGUUUGUGUUAAGUCGAAGGAAAUAUAUAAACCCAUUUUGUUGUCUAUGCUUAUACAAUUACUGUUUGAAACUACUGGUAAAAUUAUGUGCAGCAUUUAUAUAUUAGAUCUUAUUAAAGAAAUAUCUAAUAGUGAAUCUAUGGCGUAUACAACUAUGUUAAUAUUGGAUGCUAUAACCGUACUGGCCUUGUAUAUCGGUUGUGGAUUGUCUAAAAUUUUAAGAAGAAAGGCCAUGUUAACAGCAAGUACUUCAGUGGGAGUGAUAUUUUUGUUUUUUAUAUCUACUUAUUUAUAUAUGAUCGAAUAUUCAACUGUCAAUGAGAACAAAUAUGUAAUUUUAGGAUUUCUUAUGAUUUAUUCACUCGGUAUUGGAUGCGGCCCCAUGUUAUUGAUCUCCACUAUUACCUGUGAAAUAUUACCUUUAAAAUUUAGGAAUACCUGUACUUGUAUAAUAAGUAUGUACGAUCGAAUUUUAAUGGGUUUAGGCUUAAAGUUUUCACCGUAUAUAUUUUCUGUGCUAGGCUUGCCUAGUGCAUUUUUCUUAAGCGGAGUCUUAACCUCUAUUUGCUUAUAUCUUCUCAAUAUAUAUUUACCUGAGACAAAAGAUAAAACACUUCAAGAAAUUUCGUUAGCUAUUUGUGGACAAGAUGAUAGAAACCAUAAAAUAAUUAAAUACAAAUUUAGUAAAACAGAGGAAAUAUUAACUAGGGAAUGAAAUUCAUAAUA